ACCACAACCGCUCCUCCUCCUCCUCCUCCUCCUCAACUUCUCUUCAUAGUUCCUUCAACUUAGCAACAAACAGUGUAAUUACACGCAUUUAAUCAGAAGAAUUCAUUCUGAUGGGCAACGCUGACUAUGAUGUCUACACUUCAGCCAGGGUGGAGUCUGGCGCUUACCGCCGUGCAGCAGUCCCUCCGCCGCAGUUCAAGAACCACCCUCCGUCAAGGAAGUUAGUCCUCCGCAUGCAAUAUGUCUUUCCCUUCCUUGACUGGGCUCCUCGCUGCAGCUUCCAGUUCUUCAAGGCAGAUCUCAUCGCCGGAAUCACCGUAGCAAGUCUCGCUAUCCCUCAGGCAUCAGCUACGCCAAGCUUGCCAAUUUUGCCACCUAUUCUUGGCCUAUAUUCUAGCUUUGUUCCACCUUUAAUUUAUGCCAUGAUGAGGAGCUCGAGGGAUUUGGCAGUGGGACUGUUGCCAUUGCAUCACUUCUUAUAGCUUUUAUGCUGGGAAAGGAAGUUAAUCCCAAUGAGAAUCCCUAUGGGUUUGUCUAAUAUUUGUCUUUUAAAAAUAUAAGUUAAGAAUAUA